AUGGGCUCAUUUUGCUCCAAGUCGGCCGCUCACUCUGGAGGACAUACUGUCCUCGGCCCAGUAUCCGACUACCACACCCAUCCUGCUUCUUCUGCGGCUCCCAAUCCUCGCGUUGCUGCCGCUGAGGCAGCUGAACGUCGACUAAAAGCGGCAGAAAGAAGAGGCGUAAAUCCUUCAAACCCGAACCAGGGCCAGCUUGCGGCCAAGGUUGCGAAACAAAGCUCGAAGCAAGCGCCUCAAGGUCGGGAGGAGGAGCGCCUUGUGGUAAGCCUUUGUCUGUUGCAAGUUUUAAAAGAUGAGUAA